AAACAAGCCUGCACUGAGCAUUAAACAGUUGCUGCAGGACCAUGCCAAGUGCCUGCCUCAACCCACGCAGUGACGGACAAUGCCGCGUAAGUCCAACCAGACUGCUGGACGCACGCUCUCCUUCACAGAUGACCCUGUUUCCUGGUGGUUUUACUGGACCGUGUCCUCAGCAGGUGAUACCUGGUCCACCCAGCCGGCAGCGCACACAGACAGGAUGCACCAACCGCUGGAGGCUGGACCGACCCUUCUCUGGCGACCUACUGGGCCAGGCCCAGGUGCAAAGAGCGGUCAGCCUGACCCACCGGACCGCGAGAUCAGCUGGCACAUUUCGGACACGUGAUGUCACAUCCAGCCGGGAUCCACCCCUCAUGCUGACUGACAUGCCCCAAACCACUGGGCUCAGUUCAGGCGUCCACUCCUCUCCAGAGCACUCAUUCUAUUUGCUCUCUCAGGAAGUGACCCAGAAUGCUAAACCAGACGCAGUGCUGGAGUGUUUGGGCAGCAUCUGGGAGCUACAUGGCCAGUUUCUGUCCAGAUCAGAGAUGCUGGCUGAGCUUUACACGAACUGCAAGAAGCAAAGGAGCAUUGUGCUGCAGAGCAGAGCAGGCAGCAGGCAGACAGCAACGUCCAGUGGGUGGCGUGGCAGCGCUGGACAUUGGGGGCGGACGCUGAGAGAGGAUGGAGGGAUGGGGACGAGCAGAGGAAGCCUCAAACGCCCCAUCCUGCUCCAGCUGCCUGUUCACGACCCCUCAAUCAGUAAAGAGGAUCUGUCCUUUGCCCUGCGGACUCUAUAUAGGCCAGCAGAGCGUCCAGAGCGGUGGGAGGGGUCCUUGCUCUCUGUAGCCAUCAUGCUGGGCCUAUCACAGCUCUACCAGAGGUGUCUGAAUGAGAUGAUGGUUAACAUCACUUCUUUGACGGUGUGUGACUUCCAUCGAGUUGCCUGCGAGCACAAGCAGACGACUCUUCAGAGUGCGUGUGAGCGUUGGCUGGAGCUGUUUCUGGUCACUGAACUUUCACAUCAAAUUGGCCUCAGGGACUUGCCCUUUGACCUCCUGCUCAAAACCCUGCGAUGCCCCAGAGUGUUUGCUGUCAAUGAAUACGAUCUACUGAAGACGGUCCUGAACUGGAUGUACCUGCAGUUAAACCCCGCAGAACAGACUCCACCUUCACAUAGUGCAGUCAACAGCUUCUUCUGCAGAUCUGUAGGGGUGUUUUUGGAGCAGCCAGUGGGCCAAAUGUAUCUGCCUCUCUUCCAGGCCCUUCGUCUGCAUGGCAUCACUGAGCGAAACCACGUUAAGGAGAUCCAGAAGAUCAAUGUAUUUCCUUCUUCAUGGCUUCUCCUCACUUUCUCCAACCACUACUACUCUAUCCACAACGGGGGUGACAUGCACAUGACUGACUUUUCCAAGCACAGCAUCCGCUUCGGAAUGAUAGUGGAGGGGGUGCAGUAUUCUGUCCUUUCUGCUUUCCUUUUCCAAACCAGAUUAGCAUUUAUAUUGCUAAAAGUGACCCAAGUGUUUAGCCUGUCUUUCACCCAGUCUUAUGGCCAGUCCCAGGGCUUCUAUGAACGCAUUUUAAUUUGUCAAACUGCAGACAGCGUCAAAAUGAGUCAGACAGCUUUGAUUAGGAUUUAUUCAAACUCAUGGGAAAUUUGCCUUAAGAAACCAUGGAAUACCUGCAAAAUGCAGAUGGCAUGUGUGUAUAUAUGUGUUGUGCUACAGGAACUGCAGCAUUACACUCGAGCCAUUGGUCUCUAUGGCUUCUACUUCCUCCUCAAGGCUUCUAGAGUUGGACAAUCUGAUUCGUUUGACUUCUCUUUGGAGAGGCUAAGGCACUGGGACCCUGCGCUGACGGAGAGCUGUAGGACCACUCAGCCAUUCAGCGUGAGGACAGAGCGAUGUGUGCGUUAUCAGGUCAGAGUGCAGAGCUGUGUGAGAGGUGAAUGGCUGGAGGAGUGCAGCGGAGUGGUCAGCCAAGUGUUCGGCCUCAGCAAGCGCUGCUGCAGGAGCCAGGUGUUUACAGUUGAUGGACUCUCUACACCGCUGUUUGUGACGUUUGCACUGGCCUUCCCGUCGCCAUGACGAUGUGACCGCGCCCUCCCUGCUUGUUAAAUAAUAAAACACAGCCAUUGUUUUCAUGUCUAGCAAAUAAUGAAUUACACAUCCUUAUUAAAAUGCUUAUUGCAUAAUCACAAAACCAAGAAACUCCACUUCCUGAAAUAGUCUGAUCAUCUGCUGCGUAUGAGUGUCUCACACGGGGUCAUUGAGUUAUUCAAGUGGUCAUGCUUCACUCAGACACGGGAUGACCGGAGAAUCUGAGAUGCCUUCACAUGACCUUACGCUCAGGAAUUUAUACAGCAUUACAGCAACACUUCAGCCAGUUUACGCAGCAACUCGCCCCUUACUGUUGGUGUCGUUUACAUUCGAUACAAAGAGAGGCUGGAAAUGUGCCUUUGACUGAAGGCCUGAAAUACACCCGGUUGACAUAUUGGACCCAUCGAAUGUCUCAAAAUCAAAUUCUGGGGGUCCCUGCAAACACAGUUAUUAUGACGUUAUGCGGUCCAUUUGGGAAAAAAGACGCUCAAAUACAAAAUGAGGGAAAGGUCAUUGUUUAACCUCAGGCCCCAGUCAUCAGGUUAUGGGCCCCUGGGCACAAAUGUUUGGUGAAUUACUUUUUUGGGUGGUCAGCGAUCUUGUUAUGAUAUCACAGCAAGACAAACAAGGCCUAUGCAGCACCACAUUAAUGCCAACAACUAGAGCAAGAUUUUCCUAUAAAACAUGCAUCGGACUUUCUUCUCAUCCAGUGUUAGCAGCACAUCGCAGCUCUCUAGCUCUCGCAACUGGUGUA